AAACAAUGUCUGCCCGCCACUUUUCCCUCGCCCACCUGCCCGACCUGUCCGGCAAGACCGCCGUCGUCACCGGCGCCUCGGCCGGCCUGGGGCGUGCGUGUGCUGCCCAGCUGCUCCGCUGCAAAAUCGACUGCCUCUACGUCGUCGCCAGAUCCGAGGACAAGUUCACUGACGCCAAGCUCGAGUGGACGCGCGCACUCGGCCUGCCAGACGAUGCCCUGAAACAGCGCACGCGCUUCCUCCGCUGCGAUCUGAGCGACCUGGACAGCGUCAAGCAAGCCGCCCAAUCCUUGCUGGACCACCUCUCCCGACUGGACAUUCUCAUGCUCAACGCCGCCCAGCCCGCCGUGCCGGACUGCACCUUAUCCCCUCAAGGCGUCGAGACCCUCUUUGCCGUGAAUCAUCUGGGCCACUUUGUCCUCACCAACCUCCUUCUGCCCAUUGUGGAGCAGACCGCCUCUGAACAUGGAGACGCUCGUAUUGUGACAACGUCAUCAUCCUUGCAUUUGGUUUGUCAGGAACUGAAUUUUUCGCACGUCACCUCUCCCGAUCCCAUCAAGUCGCCCGCUGCUUAUGACGGUUGCUGGAGGUAUGGCCGCAGCAAACUGGCCAGCCUCCUCUUCACUAAGCAGCUAGCGCGACUGAUGCAAAAUAAAGGCGUGGCAAAUGUUCACGUGAAUUGCUUUUUCCCCGGCAACUUCCCCACGGACGCCGUAGAUGCCUGCAAAGACUUGCCCGGCGACCUGGCCGAUGCGGUUUUCAAGGGAACGUCCCGUCUCACCGUACAGACUCCCGAAGAUGCUGUUGCGACCGCCAUGUUUCUGGCCACCAACGCCGAAGUGGCGUCCGACGAUAUUCAAGGCGAAUAUUUUGUUCCCAUUGGAGCGGAAGAAAAGGUGAGCCCGCUAGCCAAAGACAAGGAUUUGGCAAAAAAUUUGUGGUACUGGAGUGACCACAAAGCCACCGAAGCCUUGGGGAAAGGUUGGCAAGAGAUGUACGAGAGAAACGAAUGAGACAUGUUUUCUUUUAGCGUCAGCGUAUGAGUCGGCCUGCACAGUGCGAGGGUGUUGGGGAAUACAACUUCUAUCGCAGCUUGCUAUGGACAGCUCGAUCACAGGUUGUAUGCCGGGCUCAUGCCAGACCUUUCAGGUGCAGUCGUUGCAAUCCUUUUGCUCGAGCUUGACGGAGGCUUCUUUAUUCGGUUGCCAAGCCUAGUUGAACCAUCUGUAGUUAUUUUUGUCGCAACCAUGUGCUCGGUGGAUGGCUUGGGUUUGCAACAUGUUCUUUAACUGUAUGGUUGCUGUCCUUCAUGCCGUUUUGACCAUCGCCUGUUGUGGUACAAGCUGUGCAACCGCGUAUGUGGAGUAUCGAACGAUCUGCAGACUUACUGGCGAG